AUGCGUGUGAUUGUUGUGCUGCGAAAUGGGUGGGCAGAUAUUGUGACUGACCUAAACACCCAAAAUCCUGAAUAUCUAGAUAUUCGACACUUGGAGAGAGGACUGCAGCAUCGAAAAACAAAGAAGGAACCUUUUUACUUUGAUUAGGUUGGAGGAAAUCUUCAUUGCAUCAUUGCCUUUCAGAGACUUAACUGGCAAAGAUUUGGUCCUUGGAAUUUUCCAUUUGGAAACGUUAGACAGGAUAAGCAAUCCCAAACACAAGGACAAGGAAUUUCCAAAUCUGAGAGUGAAGACAAUAUCUCCAAGAAACAACAUGGACGACUGGGUCGAUCUUUCAGUGCCAGCUUUCAUCAAGAAUCUACGUGGAAGAAAUCUAAUCUUCGUGAGAGGAGGAACAGUGGGUAUCAGAGUUAUAAUGAUUACGAUGGAGAUGAUUAAAAUUAACUUUAGAUAAUAGACUUGAUAUAUUAAAGUUAGUUUUAAUCAAGACAUAUUAGGGAUCUAUUAGUCCUAGAAUACGUAUGAAUAGAAAUAAUGGUAUAAGAUACAGCUUCAUAAUUAUUAAAUAAAUCUGAUUAUAUGGUUGCAGUGGAUGAGAUCUGAUGUAUAAACUGACAGAUAAGCACAGAUUAUUGUACUUUUGCAAUCAAAAGUAAAUAUGACAGCAAAAUCAAUUUCUUUUGAAAUAACUGUACUAUGUCCUGAUCUGUGAAAAGAGCAGAUUGAAAUCAGUUAAUGUACUAAAGAGACUUAACUGAAAAUACUUAAUAUUCAAAAGCAUGAAAAUGUAUGAUACGACUUUAUAAAAGGGUUAUUCUGCAGAUGGUGUAAGGGUAAAAGUAAACAUUGCCCUCCUUUUAACACUCCAUUUUAUUAAGACUGCCUAUAUCCAGGGAGAAGGAAAAAAAAAAU